AUGGUGACCUACACGGUAGGCGCAUCACGGUCCGUGGAUUCGCGUUCCACGAUCCGGCCGCGCCAGAAGGGAUGGGGCGGAAGGUGUACUUCACUGAUCCUCUCGAUCAAUAUGGGCGUCGAGAACCAGUUAUCCCACUUCUUGGACGCGACGUUCAGCUCGGUGACGCAUCCCCUGUUGGCUAUCAAGGCCGUGCUGGACAAGUUCUCUUCCACUGAGGUUCAGAGGUCGCUGAACCUGAUCGGCCAGCUCCCGCCGAAGAAGUCCUCCUGUUCCUUGAUUUCAUCGAUCUUGCGACUGCACUACACUGCCUUUGGGCUCCUUGAGUUCCCGCAAGUGUAUAAGUUCUUUGAGACCGACGCCGUCGACGAUUAG